AUGAGGAAAAACAAUUUAAUUUUAUACAAUCUUUCAGAGAGUGAGGGCAUUCUAAAAGUUAAUGUUGAUAAUUUGUUAAAAGAAAUUGCUGGUACUGAUAUGGAGCCAGAUGUAAUUGAAGUUUCCAGGUUGGGUAGGAAAUCAGAUGAAAGUAAAUCCAGACCCACAUUGGUUCAACUUGUGGGUCAGACCUCUAAGAACUUAAUUCUUGCUAAUUGUUAUAAGUUAAAAAAUUAUAAAGUUUAUUAUAAAGUAAUAAUCAAUCAUGAUCUGUCUAAAAAGGACAGAGAAAUUAACAAGAAGAUGCUGGAGGAUAAGAAAAAGGAGAUUGGCCUCAGAGAAGACAAUGUUGGAUGGACAUUUAGGUUAAAAGGAAAGCCUGGUGAUUUUCAUGUGUUGGCAUUUAAGAAACAAAAUUUAUAG